AAGUGGGCAGUAGUGCUGCGCUGACGCUCUCGUCUCGACCACCAUGGCGGACGAAAUAGUGAAGUCGCAGGCUGCCCUGCCAGGUGGAGAUACGAUCUUUGGAAAGAUAAUCCGCAAGGAGAUUCCUGCAACUCUUAUAUAUGAAGAUGAACAGUGCAUAGCCUUCCCAGACAUCGCUGCUCAGGCACCUACUCACUUUCUGGUGGUCCCGAAGAAGCCCAUAACUCAGCUGUCCCAAGCUGCGGAUGGCGAUGCUGCAUUGCUGGGCCACUUGAUGCUUGUGGCGAAGAAGUGCGCGGCCCAGCUGGGGCUGGCUAAAGGCUUCAGGGUGGUGCUGAACGACGGGCCCGAUGGCGCCCAGUCGGUCUACCACAUUCACCUUCAUGUCAUGGGUGGGCGCCAGAUGUCCUGGCCCCCCGGCUAACUGCCCAGUCUCCCACUCCCAGAGCCAUCACCGCGGUGGCACCCCUCUCAAAGAGUCUGUGCUGGGUUGUAUCCAGUGUUGUUUGAUUUAGUCUGAAAUGGGUCUAAGAGAACUGGCAUGAAAUGAAAAAUCACUAGUUGUUCAAUAAAAUGCACUAAACUGAUGCCGUCUGUUUAUUUUGUAUGAUCUGUAGUUUAGAGAAAUUAUAUAUCACUGUUUAUGGUUGUAUAAAUGUACUUCACAAUAAUGCAUUGUCAUUUUUUAUAUAUAUACUUUGCGUUUAUUAUGUAAAAUGUUUUCAUAAUAACUUAUGUAAACCUACUUUAAUUAAAGCAUUGUAGAACAUGUGCUUAAGACAUUGGGUGCA